AUGGUCGACCAUGCUAAUUGGCGUCACGUGCCUGCGUCUGGAACUCGACCCCCUUACCGUGUCUUCACGAAGCCUAUUGACAAGUCCCAGCAGGAUGACCGGGAAUAUAGAAUAAUAGAGCUACAGAACGGUCUUCAAGCCACGGUCAUUCAUGAUGCUAAGGCGGAUAAGGCUGCUGCGAGUCUGGACGUAGCAGUUGGACAUUUGUAUGACCCGGAUGACAUGCCCGGACUUGCUCACUUCUGCGAGCAUCUCCUGUUCAUGGGGACGGAACAAUUUCCACGAGAGAAUGAAUAUUCGGAGUACCUGUCUAAAAAUGCUGGCUCUUCAAAUGCCUAUACGGCCACCUCCAACACCAAUUAUUACUUCAAUGUAUCUACACCUGCACUCGCAGGGGCGCUCGCUCGGUUCGCUGCUUUCUUUCACUGUCCCCUCUUUGCUCCGUCAUGUACUUCGCGGGAGCUGAACGCCGUCGACUCGGAGCACAAGAAAAACCACCAGUCGGACAUGUGGCGUAUCUUUCAGUUGAACAAGCAUUUGAGCAAACCUGGCCACGUCUGGCGGAAAUUCGGUAGCGGCAACAGAGAAAGUUUGUCCCAGGUAGCCAAGGAGCUGAAGCAAAAGGGUCUGCUCAACGGUACGAAUGGCAAGAAUACGAACAGUAUAAAAGUGAACGGUAAUGGAAGUGCUUCCGCAAGAAGUAGCUUAGCUCCUUCGCCAGUUCCGUCGCGUCUACCAUCUCCGGCUCCGUCAGAAGCCUCCGCGAACAGUGAGCUGGAAGCGGAUGGUGGCGCUAUAGGUCGCGAGACCCGUAGACGCCUCGUCGAAUGGUGGAGCAAGGAAUACUGCGCCGGCAGGAUGCGACUUUGCGUGAUUGGAAAAGAAUCAUUGGACGAGUUGUGUGAACUUGUUGCUACCCUGUUCUCGCCCAUACCGAACAGAGGGCAAGAGUCCCUGCCCAUGAUCAAUGAUCAUCCAUUCGGGUCGGAAGAGAAAGGCACAUUGGUAGCCGUUCAGACCAUCAUGGAUUUCCAUGUCCUCGAAAUUUCGUUCCCGCUGGCUUACCAGCCGCCUUUCUGGCGCUACAAGCCAGCGAACUUCUUGGCACAUUUUGUUGGCCACGAAGGCCCGGGUUCGCUUCAUUCUUACCUGAAGAACAAAGGUUGGAUUACUAGCUUGAGUGCCGGUGCUCAGAACCUUGCUCGAGGAUUCGGCAUGUUCAAGGUCACCGUACACAUGACCCAAGAUGGGUUCCAGAACUACCGGUCGAUCAUGCUGGCGACGUACAAGUACCUGAACAUGCUUCGAUCGUCCGAACUCCCAGCGUGGCAUUCUCGUGAGAUAAGUACCAUCGCCUCCAUACGCUUCCGCUUCGCGGAAAAGCGUCGACCAGACGACUACGCGGUCUGGGUCGCUGAACACAUGGCUUGGCCUGUCCCAAGAGAACUUGUGAUCAGCGCUCCGCAAUUGACAUGGCCAUGGGACGAACCUGGAGCACAGAAGGAUGCGAACGGGUCAUGGAUUGGCGAGAAGGAAGUUAGGGAGAUACUGAACGGCCUCAAAGUGGACAAUGGCCGCGCUGUACUCAUGGCACGCCAGGCGGAGCACGAGAAGGUGGCCGGCAACGGUGUCGCUCUCGACUGGCAAACUGAGCCUUGGUAUGGGACCGGAUAUCGUGUUGUCCGCCUCGACGAACAGUUCACACGCGAGGCACAGAGUCCAAACCAAUUGCAGGAACUUUUUCUCCCUGGUCCUAAUGAGUUCAUUCCGACUAAUCUUGACGUCGACAAACGCGAUGUUGCAGAGCCUCUGGAGCAUCCUCAUCUUAUCCGCGACACUCCGUUGUCGACUCUCUGGUUCAAGAAGGAUGAUCGCUUCUGGGUGCCGAAAGCUCGCGUCGCUAUCGACGUUCGCAGUCCCUUAGCCAACCCUACCCCGCGAUCCGUCGUCAUGACGAAAUUGUUUGGCCGACUGGUAACGGAUUCCUUGACGGAAUAUACAUACGACGCCGACCUUGCUGGUCUAUCAUAUGAUGUAAUAACGCACGGACUAGGCAUAUGGGUCAUCGUCUCCGGCUACAACGACAAGGUUCCCGUUCUCACUAGGCGUGUAUUCGAAGCCAUCAAGCAUUUAACGAUUGUUCCGGAGAGGCUUGAAGUGUUCAAAGAACAGGUCAAACGCGAAUGGCAAAACUUCUUCCUUGGUCAAAGCUACGGCAUGUCGGACUACUUCGGAAGAUACCUUCUGACCGAGAGGCAAUGGACACUGCAGGAGAUGCUGCCCGAAAUCGCGAGCGUUACGGCCGACGAGGUGCAAUCUCACGCCAAACAGUUGCUCUCGGAGGUAAACAUGCGGAUGCUUGUGACUGGCAACGUGCAUAAAGAGGAUGCCGUUCAUAUAGCUGAGCUUGCGGAAUCCAUCCUUAAGUCAUCGCCCUUACCUGCAUCCUCUGUGAUUGAGCGAUCUCUGAUACUUCCCGAAGCUUCCAACCAUGUCUGGUCUAUCCCUGUGCCGAACCCGAACCAAACCAAUUCUGCGCUGACUUACUAUUUACACGUCGGGGAUCUGACAGAUGAGCAGUUACGAGUUAUAUCGUCGUUGCUUGCGCAGAUCCUGUCAGAGCCCGCUUUCAACGUACUGCGAACACAGGAGCAACUAGGAUAUAUCGUCUCGUGCUCCCAGUGGCACCUGGCCGGGGACAGCCAAAAGGGACUGAGGAUAGUGAUCCAGAGUGAAAGGCCUCCGCACUACUUGGAAUCUCGAGUCAACGCCUUCUUGAACAAUAUGCGAAGGGCGAUCGAGGAGAUGUCCGAGGAAGAGUUUGCUGAGCAGAAGCAAGGCUUGGAGCGAAAGUGGACAGAGAAGCCGAAAAACCUGUCUGAGGAGACUAACAGAUUCUGGAUGCAUAUAGAUUCGGGGUACUAUGAUUUCUUGAGACGUUUCAGAAACGCGGAACUGCUACGAAGUGUCACGAAGCAAGACGUUCUGGAUCUUUUCGAUUCUCGCAUACAUCCUUCUGCGCCCAAACGAGCCAAGUUGUCAGUGCAUCUCCGCUCUCAGAAGCCACCGCCGAAGAAAGUAAGCCUCGCUGCUAUGGCUGCUUUCGAAGACCUGGUUCGAAGCGCGGGCAUGCCGGUCGAGAAGGAUGCUUGGAAGGAGGAAUUCGAUGGAAGUGAAGGUGAACCCCUCUUAGCCGACUUUACGAAGCAUUGGCAAGGCAUACUCGCGAGCGAAUCCACCACCGCCGGUCUCAGUGAGGAGAUAACUAAGAACCUCCUGGCAAGCAUCCCCAAGGUAGUCGAACAACAUCCGGCCCAGGUGUCAGAAGAGACCAGUACGGACGUUCUGGAAGGAGUCACUUUCAUCAAGGAUCCCAAAACCUUCAAGAGUUCUCUACAGCCUUCGCCUGAUCCUAGGCCGGCAGGCGAGUGGAAGGAUACAACCGCAGCCAAGUUAUAGGUGGG